AUGUUGAACCCAGCAGGCACCUUUGUUGUCGUGAUCACGGCGGUUUUGGGCCGUGUCAUCUACUCCCGCUUCUAUUCGAAUACCUUGGCAGCGAGGAAGCGGGCGCUGGCGCACAUCCCAGAGCUCCGCUUCGAAAAGGAUGACACGCCGGACCGGUACAGAACAGAGACUCGUUUCCUGGUGAGAAAAGGCUACGAAAAGUACCUCCGGCAUGGCAUUCCGUUCCAGAUGCACAACCCAGUGGGCGAGCUAGGCAACCAGGUCGUGCUCCCUGUGAAGUAUCUGGAGGAGGUCAAACGCGCCCCGAGGUCGCUCUAUAGCUUCGAGGCGUUUUCCGAGGAGCUCUUUCUGCUGAGCUACAUCGACGCGCCUCGUCAGACCGAUGCUCUGCUCUACGCGGCCAAGCUGGAUAUCAACAAAAACUUGGAUCAUGUGUUAAACGGGCUCUGGACCGAAGCCGACGUCGCUCUCAAGGAGACGGUUCCUGAGACGGGUCAGAUCACUCUCCCCGGGGGCGCACUGGCCUGCAACAUCAUUGCGCGCACCAUGUCUUAUGUCAUCGUGGGGCCGACGCUCUGCCGAGACCCCGAGUGGCAGAGGAUCGCGAUAGAAGCCACCUUUGCCAUAGUCGAAGGCGCCAUGGGCGUCCGGGCCAAGUACACGCCCAACUGGAGAUGGCUCGCCCGAUGGCAGGACCACUCGGCAGAAAAGCUCGGGGUGCUCCGGCUAAAGGCCAUGGAGCUGAUCAGGCCGCUGUACAAGGAAAGACUGGCAGCUCUCAAAGAGGACGGUGGCGAGUCGCAACGGUUCUACGACACCAUCUUCUGGACCAUGAACAAGAGAAAGGUGGACAAAUCGCUCAAGGCAAUCGUCGACCAGCAGUUGUUCUUGACGCUGGCAUCCAUCCACACCACCGCCGGAACUUUGCAGUCCAUAUUGUGCGAUUGGCUCGCCCAUCCCGAGUACCACGACGAGAUCCUGGCCGAGGUGAACGAAGGCCUGGCCGGAUUCAAGUCCGCAGGUGACAAGUGGACUCAGCAGGAGGUCGCCAAGAUGAAAAAGCUGGACAGUUUUAUGAAAGAGAGCACGCGUAUGAACCCGGUCGGCUGCAUGACGGUCCAGCGCUACGCGCAAAAGUCGCAUACCUUCCACGACGGGUUCGUCCUGCCGGCGGGUACCGUGUUUCAAUUCCCCGCCGACGCCGUCCAUCACGACCCGGACCUCUUUCCAGACCCCGACAGGUUCGACGGUUACCGGUUCCUCCGCCUCCGCGAAAAGGAUCCCAACGGACACCACUUCGGGUACGUCUCGGACAUGAAUCUCAACUGGGGCGCUGGCACGCACGCCUGCCCGGGACGCUUCCUGGCCACUUUUGUGCUCAAGUUUGCCUUUAUCUUGUUGAUCACUCGUUACGACGUGCGCUUUCCCCAAGGCGCCGGGAAGCCCGGCUACGUGUAUUUUGACAAUUCGGUGAGGGUUGAUCCGACGGCACAGCUAGAUAUCAAGGCUCGUAGUUAG